AUGAUCUCGAUGGUCAAUCGCCUCCAGGAUGCCCUGGGCAGCGCGGGACUGAACUACAACCUCCUCUUGCCCCAAAUCGCGGUGGUCGGCGGCCAGAGCUCCGGGAAGACCUCCGUGCUGGAGAACUUUGUGGGCAGAGACUUCCUUCCCCGUGGUACUGGAAUUGUCACACGUAGACCUUUAGUCCUGCAGCUGCAUCACGCUGACAAUGAGUACGGGGAAUUUUUGCACUGCAGGGGGAAGAAGUUCAUCAACUUUGAUGAAAUCCGCCAAGAAAUUGAGGCGGAAACCCGCAGGCUCACAGGAACCAAAAAAGGCAUCUCUCCUAUCCCCAUUAACCUCCGUAUUUUCUCUCCUAAUGUGCUCAACCUGACCCUCGUGGACCUGCCUGGAAUCACCAAAAUACCCGUGGGAGACCAGCCGCCAGACAUCGAGUACCAGGUCCGGGACAUGAUUAUGCAGUACAUCUGCAACGAAAACUGCCUCAUCCUGGCUGUGACGCCUGCCAACAUGGACCUGGCCAACUCGGACGCACUCAAAUUAGCCAAAGAUGUGGAUCCACAGGGUCAGCGCACGAUAGGUGUGAUCACAAUGCUGGACCUCAUGGAUAAAGGAACAGAUGCUCGGGAAAUACUAGAGAAUAGAUUGCUUCCACUGAGAAGAGGUUACAUUGGGCUUGUGAACCGCAGUCAAAAGGACAUCGACGGGAAAAAGGAUAUUAACACAGCCUUGCAAACGGAGAAGAAGUUCUUCCUGUCCCACCCAGCUUAUAGGCACAUGUGCGACAGAAUGGGCACACCGUACUUACAGAGAUCCCUCAACCAGCAAUUGACAAGCCACAUCCGGGACAGUCUGCCUGCACUUCACGGCCACCUGCAGUGCCUGCUUGUGUCUAUCAGUAAAGAUGUUGAUACAUACAAACUGUAUAAUCCCGAUGACCCCAUUUGCAGGACCAAGACCCUCAUCAGGCUAGUGCAGCAACUAUCCGGUGACUUUGAAAAGCUGAUCGAGGGCUCAGCAAAUGAAGUUAAUACCACAAACCUGUCAGGAGGUGCAAGGAUCAACCAGAUCUUUCAUGAGCGCUUCCCAUAUCUACUGCACAAAAUGAAGUGUGAUGAAAGUAAGCUGCGGCUGGAAAUUGCAUACGCCAUCAGGAACAUCCACGGCGUCAGGACGGGCCUGUUCACCCCAGACAUGGCUUUUCAGGCCAUUGUAAAGAAACAGAUCUCCAAACUAAAAAUUCCCUGUUUCGGGUUUGUCGACAUGGUUCGCAAGGAAUUGGUCUCCACCGUAUAUGAGUGCUUCAGUAAGCUUAGCUGUUUUCCAAAGCUGCGGGAAGAAACUGAGCGGCUUGUCACCAGUGAAAUCCGAGAACAAGAAAGCACAUGCAGACAACAGAUCACUCUGCUCAUUGACAUGCAACUCGCCUACAUUAAUACCAAACAUGAAGAUUUUAUCGGCUUCACUCAAGCUCAGCCCGUGUGCCACAGUAGUGAUAAAAAGAUUGUGACCGGCAGUGGAGUGCAACAGGCUGUGGCCCCUCCCUCCAGUCUAAUAGUGAUACGUAAAGGAUGGCUCAGCAUCAACAACGUCAGCAUUAUUGCUAAGGAGUACUGGUUCAUUCUCACUGCCGAUAGUCUCUCCUGGUUCAAGGACAAUGAGGAGACGGAAAAGAGGUACAUGCUCCCCCUGAAUAACCUCAAGGUCCGAGAUGUAGAGAGAAGCUUCAUGUCCAGCAAAUUUGCCUUCGCCCUCUUUCAUACGGAGUCAAGCAGGAACGUGUACAAGGACCACAAGUUUCUGGAGCUGGUUUGCAACACGCAGGAGGAGCUGGACAUCUGGAAGUCCUCUCUACUACGGGCUGGCGUCUUUCCAGAGGAGGUCACGGUGAAUGCGCAGGGAAAUGGGCUGUUUGAGAACUUCACCGACCCCCAGCUGGAACGCCAGGUGGAGACCAUUCGCAACCUGGUGGACUCCUACAUGGGCAUCAUCCACAAGACCAUUAAGGACUUGAUGCCCAAGGCGAUCAUGCACCUGAUGAUCAACAGCGUGAAGGAGUUCAUUAGCUCGGAGCUGCUGGCCCAGCUCUACGCUUUGGGAGACUGUUCGGCGCUGAUGGAUGAGUCACCGGAGCAGCGGCAGCAUCGAGAGCAAGUGCUCAGCAAGCACGCCGCCCUGCAGGCCGCGCUCGAUAUCAUCGGCGAGAUCUCCACGUCUGGCCAUGUCACCCCCCUGGACAUGUGCCCUAGGCAGUAUGGCAGCGUCACAAUCCCUAAAAAGUCGGCGACCAGCGGAAAGUCUCGAACCCGUGGCCGUGCCCCGCCGGUGCCCGGCCCCGCCCCCCCAGGCCCGACUUGCGUGCCCAGGUAG